CGCUGAGCCACUUCCUGUAGAACUGUAGCAUAACUGAGAUAACUAUUAUUGUACUCGGUAGCAAACACUGGUUCAGUGAAAGAAAAGAGAAAAGAACCGUGGAAAUCAAGUGGCAACCUGAGGCACCACUCUCGGUCGCACCGUCUGUCAAUCUCACUUCUCUCAUCUUGGACUAUCUUCUCCCUUCUACACACUCUCAUACACACACUUUCUCUCUCUCUCUCUCUCUCUCUCUCUCUCUCUUCUCUCAACCCUCUUUUAACUAAUUCAUUCCUUAUAUCAUUCUUUUCACUCUAACCGCUGGCUUCGGUCGAGUUCCCAACGGCGGCUAUUAUUCCCCCCCCAAUAUCGCCCCGGCAUGUCACUGCCGUCACUUGAAUCCGACUGUGUCGUUCUCUCAUUGAUUAUCUCUCUUUUUUCUCUACUUUGAACUGUUAUUCUUUCUUUUCUCUACAGUCUCUAGAGCGUCGCCAUGCUGUUCAAACCCGCGACGCCGCUUACUAUCCUCCUACUCAUUGCCUUUGCCCUUCUGGUGCUGUCGGUUAUUUCGACUCCCAUUGUUAAACAGAUUCCCUUGGCGUCGUUUGACAAUGUCGACUACGGCGUCUUUGGCUACUGUAAGGAUGGCGUAUGUACGGAUAUUCAUAUCGGAUACACCAGCAGUGAUAUCUCCAAUACCGGCAGUAGUGACUUUAACCUUCCGUCCGGUACUCGAAGGUCGCUCUCGUCCAUUCUGAUCGUUCACCCUGUCGCCGCCUUCCUCACCCUCAUCUGUCUCUGCCUAGCAGCUGCCGCUCAUUUCCAUGGCCCGUCGCAUUCGCCUCGAUAUCUAUUGGCCUUGCUAAUCCUCCUGCUGCCAACGCUUCUCGUCAGUCUUCUCGCAUUCCUCGUCGACAUCUUACUCUUCGUCCCGCAUCUGCAUUGGGGCGGGUGGAUUGUGCUGGUCGCAACCGUCAUUCUUGUCGCCUGUGGUGUGGUCACCUGUGCCAUGCGUCGUACCCUGGUCAGUCGGAAGGCGAGGAAGAGGCGCAUCGCUGAAAAUGCCGAAAUGAGCGGCGAAAACUACUACAAUCGCCAGAAUGUGGCCGCUGCGGCACUCGACGAUACCAAGCCGGAGAUGAAUGGUGAUACAAAAGAGGCGUAUAUAACCGGUGGGCCUACAGCUGAUGGCCCGACCUUCGCUACUUACCGCACCAACACCCGCGAGAGCGACGAUGACCAGACUCCGCUCAAUUCGCGAACGCCUGCACCUGCCAACGACUACCCGCUCCCCGAUCAGCCUGCGCGCAAUGGAAUGCCCUACAGCGCCGCCCGUGAUGAAGUCGGUAACCCUCUGCCCCCGUCUGGCCCAUAUGCCGUUGCCGGCCGGGGAGGACCUGCUGAACCUCGAAUGAUGAACGGUGGCCCACCGCCUGGAUUUGCAUCGCGCGGACGAGGUGGUUAUCCUCCAAGAGGCGGUUAUGGCCGUGGAGGCUACGGUCCACCACGAGGAAGAGGGGGUCCCAUGGGUCCUAUGCGCGGUGGUCCAGUUAUGAGGGGACGAGGUGGCUAUCGCGGUCCGCCACCAGCUGACUACGGCUACGAGGCCUACGCAGCGCCCGCGCCACGGACUCAUCCUACCCCUCCUCCAGCAGAGUAUCGGGGAACCUCGCCUGUCUAUCGACAACCGUCCCCGGGUAUCGGUAUGGCCCUGUCAGCAGACGGAGGCCCCAUUGGUCAAGCCAUUGAGAUGACACCGCAACCGAGACGCUCUCCGGGGCCUGAUCAAAUCCACGCGUUGUCUGUUGAUGGGUAUCCCGAGCCCACGAGUCCUUCUAGCUUCUAUAGCAGGACACCAUCAACCUACGUUCCAGCACGCGCAGGUUGGACUCAACCUGAUAACCGUCUCGGUCCAUCACCUUCCCCGGUGUACGAGCAUGCCAUUCCCGAGCCACUCCGUCCAGCGCAGUCACCUAUCCACGCAUACGGACCGCCCGAUGGCGCGCACCAUGCGCGUAAUAACUCGGCAGAUUACUAUGAAGAUGUGGAUCCACAGUUUGCAGAAAGUCAACCGGCAGUGUCUGCACCACCUCCAGCGCUGCCGUCUGCAUUGAUGCCCGGGCCUGCUGGUGAGCCUAAACCGGUUGUUGAAGAUAUCCCCGAGACACCCGGCUCACCUACUGCUAGCGAAAUGAGUCACUUUACUUCUAUUUCACAGCGCCCUGUGAACCCGCGGUGGCAACCUCCUAUGCAGCCAGCUCAGCAGCGCACCAACAUGCUGUUGGAAGGCAACCCAGAUUUUGAUCUGAGCGCUGGUCGACGACGAGGAGGUGCCGGCCCGGGAGGUCGGAUGCCAACAUUGUCUACGCUUCGGGAGGUUACAAGAUACCCAAUUCCUUGAUUACGUUUCUUUAUGAUAACCUUUGUUUACUUCUCUAUUGGGAGGCUUGGCCGGGAGUUUGGAGUUGGAGACGGUUCUUUCACUUAAAUAUUUUCUUUGUUGGGUCGGAACCGGGUCAGGGACCAUGGUGUGUACAGGUUACUACAGUACAGAAUUGAUUAAUGCACAGAUAUGUGUACCUUUGCAAC